CUUCUCUGCGCUUAUGGCUCAACAGAGUUUAUUGUCUUGGCAAAGGCUGUUAUAUCUCACCCCGAAGAAUUUACAGAAUAUUCGUGCGGCAAACCAAUGCAGUAUCCAGGCUUAGAAAUAAGGAUCGUAGACGAAGAUGGUAAAAUCGUUCCGAUUAAGACAAGGGGUGAAAUUUACUGUCGUUCACCUGUAAUGUUUAAAGAGUAUUUCAACGACCCUGUGAAAACUAAAGCCGCGAAAUCUGAUGAUGGAUGGUUUAGAACAGACGACGUCGGCAGAAUGACUGAAAGCGGGGAACUGUUUGUUGAAGGUCGGAAAUCUAAUACUAUCAUUUCUGGGGGAUUUAAUGUCGCCCCUGAAGUUUUAGAAAAGGUGAUGAAAAAUUUCACUGGAGUGGAAUCAGUAGCGAUUGUUCCUGUUCCCGAUGAUAUUUAUUACCAAGUUCUAUGCGCAUGCGUCGUGAAGAAAACAGAUAGAGACGUCACUGAAGAAGAGCUGCGGACGUGUUGUGUAAAUUUCCAUGCGGACAAACCAGGACUGUUUACAGUCUUGCCAAAAUUUUAUUUGUUUUUAGAAAGUUUUCCCGAAACCAGCACGGGGAAACUAGACCACAGAGAGCUUGAAAAGAUUGCAACACAGCGAUUCAAAUCUAUUUCCUAA